AUGGGUAACACAAACUCUGGACACGGACAACGACAAAACAGCAAAAACAGAAAGUCAAGGAGUCUCCCGACAUCGCCAGAAGUGAGAAGGCAAGUCUCAGUGCUGCAGACAUCCAUCCCCCUACCUGCGUCUGCGGCGGCCGUGCGACGUGCCCCGCCGGACAAACGACCGUUGCCCGCCACGCCUGUUCACGGUGGAAAAAGUGGUUUAUCUGCAAGCUCGAGCCGUUCCACCAGUCCGUUGGGACAAGGAGCUGCAAGUUUCAUACCUCGGGCACCGGCUUCAUCAUCAGGGUCAAGACCAAACUCGUCUCUGCUAGCGCCUAGCAGUAAGAUUCCAUCAACCUUAUCAACACCGCCGCAAUAUUCACAAAAUGUAUCCAGCCACAAUGGAACUCCGACGAAGCAAUCCAUGCUUGAUAAAUUAAAACUAUUCAAUAAGGAUAAAGUCAGCAAUGAAAAGCCGACAAGUAAAAGUACUACUGUAUCAAAACGAACCAGUUCCUCAAGUGGCUUUUCUUCCGCGAAGAGUGAAAGAUCUGAUUCUAGUCUCAGUUUGAACGAGUCUUCCAAUAUCCCAAAUACACAUAUCAAAUCUAAUAUAGUUGGCCCGAAAAAUCUUAGACUUCAGAAUGAUACCUUGAUGAAAGACAAAACAGGUAAAAAUGUAAAAUCUAAAUUACUAGGAUCGAAAGCUACGAAAGAAACUUCAAUGAAUUUAAAUAAAUCAAACGUUAAAUCAAAUAAUGAACGAUCAAAAAAUAGUCCAAAAUUAUCAACGCGUGAUAAAGAUUCUAAAUUAGCAACGCCAAAAUCUGUUAGCAAUACAAAGUUAAAUUUAAUAGACGACAAUUCUAGAAAUAAGUCCAAGUUAGAAUCAAAAAUGGUCAAAUUGUCCGGUAGUCAAGCAAAAUUAUGUGAAAGUAGAGGAGAUAAUAGCACAGAUAGCAAAAUAUCGGAAAGCAAUUCAAUUAAUACAAAAAAUCAAAGUCAAAUUCAAUCGCCAUCACCAACAGGAGGACAAAAUAUAUCAUUACCAAAUCACACUGGAAUUCCAAAGCCAACGGCUGCUGUUAAAGGAACAACUAAGAUAUCACGAGAUGAAAGACAUUUACAAAAAAGUUCUAAUAGUCAACUGAGUCCUAUUCAAAGUAAUUCUAGUUUAAACUCCACAAAUAAUGUAAGUGUUCCACCAUACUCAAGAGAACAAUCAAAUGUAAAUAAAGAAUCGAAUCAAAAACAAACAUUAGCGGUUUCCCCAAUGCCAGUAACAAACAAUACUCAACUUCAUCAGAAUCCGAUAUCACAGAUGUCUGAAAGCUCACAUUCCAAUUCUACUCAUAGUACUACAGGUCAGCAAUCUAAUUCUAGUGAUGGUAGUGUUAUAUACAGGCCUUCUAGUGAAUCUGGAUCAGAAAUUUCAAAAAGCAAUGUUAGUUCGAAUAGAAAAAUAGAUAUGAACGCUACGUAUAUAAAUGACGUAAUAAAUGAAGCAGAACAUUCAGAGAAAGAAGCAGCUCAGAAGAGAAAUUUAAACAGCCCCGGUAUCAAGCAAAUAUUUGACCAUAACAGAACCCUAACUGAAGAGAGACAUGACAGCCGUUCUAGUACACCGACACAUUGUAGAGAUAAUUCGUUAGGUGAAGAUGACAACCCUUUAAUGAAUGUUAUGCCAAUGCGGCCCUUACUAAGAGGUUAUAACAGCCAUCUUACUUUACCAAUCCGAACUUCAAGCUUAGCCCAAAAGAAUUUAACUGCGUAUCCACAUCACGCAAAUACUGUCAAACCCAAUUUUGGUCGAGAUAAUAGCUUUCGUGAACGGUUAAAUUUCAAUGCAGGUUUUUCGAAUCCAGAUUACUGUGAUCUAGAAAUUGCAUCAGGUUAUAUGUCAGAUGGAGAUUGCUUGAGGAGAAUUAAUAUGAACGAAGUAGACAAUGGCCGUAGCAACGACAUUAUGGAUGGUUAUAUGUCCGAGGGCGGUGCAUCACUCUAUGGUCGUCGUAUGAACUACCAGCAGCAAUCACAGUUCCAACAAAUUGAUGAAAGGUAA